UUGGCGUUGGGCAUCGAGGGAAGCACGGAACAAAUCAAAAGGACGCUUUCUUUCGAUGCGAUUCCGCUUCCGUCACCGACGUAUCGGAAGGCCCAAUCCCAAAGGUAAUCGCCGGAUUCCUGCUUCCUCCGGCGAAGAAGCUAGUAGCGUAGCCGCCGACCACUCCUCUACGUCUCCUUCCUCCUGUCCUGCAAGGAGCUGUAGUACCUCCGCGCUGAUGGAGUCCUCCCACCCCUCGCCCUCCCCUCCUUCCGAGCAACCGAGGCUCACCGUGACGCAGAUCGAGCAGCUCAGAGUGGAGGCCAAAGUGUUCGAGAUCUACCGUGUCCUCAAUGGAGUCGACCCGCCCACCAUGUCUUUGAUGCUAGAGCUUUGGCGUGAUAAGCACAUUGAGUUUUUAACAAAAGGACUCGGGAAUCUUGGGCCAAGCUACAAUGUUCUAGAUGCCAAUCGACCUUGGCUUUGCUACUGGAUCAUGCACUCAAUUGCGUUGCUAGGAGAAUCUCUGGACUUGGAGCUUGAGGAAAAUGUGGUUGAAUUUUUAUUUCGGUGUCAGGAUAAAAAUGGUGGAUAUGGUGGCGGGCCAGGUCAGAUGCCUCAUCUUGCAACAACUUACGCUGCAGUUAACACGCUCAUAACUUUAGGAAGUGAGAAGGCAUUAUUAUCUAUAGACAGAGAGAAUCUGCACAAGUUCUUUCUGCGGAUGAAAGAUUCUUCUGGUGCAUUCAGAAUGCAUGAUGGAGGUGAAAUUGAUGUUCGUGCUUGCUACACGGCAAUAUCGGUUGCUAGUAUUCUCAACAUUUUGGAUGAUGAGCUCGUGAAAGGUCUUGGAAAUUACAUCUUGAGUUGUCAAACAUAUGAAGGUGGUAUCGCUGGAGAGCCUAGCUCAGAAGCUCAUGGAGGGUACACAUUCUGUGGGCUGGCUACAAUGAUUCUGAUUAAUGAGGCUGAUAGAUUGGAUCUUCCAAGUUUAAUUGACUGGGUUGCCUUUCGCCAAGGAGUUGAGUGUGGAUUUCAAGGACGGGCAAAUAAAUUGGUUGACGGUUGCUACUCAUUUUGGCAAGGAGGUUCUCUUGCUUUGGCACAGAGGCUCUUGCCAAUUGUUCGGCAACAGCUGCAGUUAUCUUUAAUUGGAGUUCAACCAUCUGUUGAGUGUAAGACCAAUAAUGGCUUUACGGCUGAGGAAGCUGGUCUUGAUAAUGAAAAUCUUUCACAUUUUGGUUUUUCUUUCAUACAAAGACAUAGUGAAUGUGGCCCAUUAUUCCAGAGUGUGGCCUUGCAGCAAUAUAUACUCCUAUGUUCACAGGUGCUAGAAGGUGGGUUCAAGGACAAGCCCGGCAAGCACCGGGACUUCUACCACUCGUGCUACUGUCUAAGUGGUCUGUCACUGUCUCAGCAUAGCUGGUCAGGAGAUGCUGGUGCAGCUCCAUUGCCAGGGGCUGUGCUGGGUCCCUACACCAACCUGUUGGAGCCUGUUCAUCCACUCUUCAAUGUGGUUCUCGACAAAUACUACAAAUCGCACGAAUUCUUCUCAGCUCUAUGAUUAUUUCGCACCCAAGAGUCAGGAGUUUCAUCUGGAUUGAUCCUGCCCUUUCGACACUGAUGAACUUUCUUAGUUUUCAGGGGUCCUGAAUGUUUAAUUUUAUUGAUGUAAUAUUUAUUGGUAGCAGAUAAUUUAGGGAGACGAAGCACUGCUACUAGGCUUUCUAAUAGAGUUCAUAACACAAGAUUAGCAGUAUGUUAUUUAUUGUUACCACAUUUAUUAAGCGAAUGGUAGUUUUUGUU